AUAAGACGCAUAUAAGAACUGCUCAGAAUCUCAGGUGUGUCAGGAGUACUAACACUUCAUGUGUUGAGGAACUCGGUGCCUUCUGUAGGUUAAGCCAGUCUACCAGGUGAAGCAAUUACUGGGAGUCAGAAAUUUAACCCACUUCUUUCUGCGUUCUCUAGCACAGCGUGCCAGGUGUGUUCUCCAGAGUAGAACCACUCCAGCCAUGCUAUGGACCUUCGCCAUCUGCCUCCAGCUGGGGGCGCUCUCCUGGGCAGCACCGCUUGCAAGGUCCGGCCCUGGGGCCCGGAACAAACUCUUACUGAUCUCGUUCGAUGGCUUUCGCUGGGACUACGACCGCGACGUGGACACGCCUCACCUGGACGUCAUGGCAACCGAGGGAGUCAAGGCCACUUAUGUGACCCCACCGUUCCUGACCAUCACCAGCCCCUCGCACUUCACCUUGCUCACAGGGCAGUACAUUGAGAACCAUGGAGUCAUCCACAACAUGUGGUUCAACACCAGCACCCAGCAGAGGAAGCCCUACUACCCGACACAGUUUGUGGAUGAGUGGUGGGACAAUGGCAGCCUACCCAUCUGGAUCACAGCCCAAAGACAGGGUCUUAAGGCAGGAUCGCUUCACUUCCCUGGUACGGCAUCAAGCUACCAAGGUCAGAAGGCACUGGUGGGAGAGGUGGAACCCGCUUUAUAUAACUACUCCAACGAAACGGCCUGGCGGGAGAAUGUGGACACAGUGAUGGGCUCCUGGUUCGGCAAACUUGACCUGGACUUUGUUUCCUUGUACUUCGGGGAGCCUGACGGCACAGGACACAAGUAUGGGCCGGACUCACCGGAACGCAGGGCCAUGGUCAGCCAGGUGGACCGCACAGUAGGCUACCUGCGCAGCUCCGCCCAGUCGCACGGGCUCGCCGAGCGACUCAACAUCAUCAUCACAGCCGAUCACGGCAUGAGCACCAUUGUGAGGGGCAGCCAGGUCAAUCAGAUCCUCCUUUCCAAGAUCCCCGGCUUCUCCUUCCGUGACUUGGACUUUCAGCUGCUGGAUUAUGGGCCGGUUGGCAUGUUGCUACCCAAGGAAGGCCUACUGGACAAGGUGCAUGCUGCCCUGAAGGGGGCGCACCCACACCUGCAUGUGUACAGAAAAGAGGAGCUACCAGCUCACAUGCACUAUUCAAGGCACCCACGCAUUCUGCCCCUGGUGCUAAUCGCUGACCCUGGAUAUGUCGUCAACGGGAUAUUUCCUGUGCAGUCCAACAAAGGGGAGCACGGCUUCGACAACCAGGCCAUGGACAUGAAGCCAUUCUUCCGGGCCGUGGGGCCCGACUUCCAGCAGAACCUAACAGUGGAGCCCUUUGAGACGAUCCACAUCUACGCCCUAAUGUGCCACCUGCUAGGCAUCACCCCAGAGAAGAACGACGGUCACCUGGAUGCCACCCGCCACAUGCUAGCGUCUGGUCAGCAAACUGAACCAUCUGGAGGGUCUGAGAACUCCAUCUUAUUUAAUGCACUAAUCGGUCUGGGAGUCGUUGCUGGCAUUCUGGUUAUCGUGUUUGUGGUCGUCGUAUCGUAUACCAGGUACCGUCGACGAAAGCCAAGGGAGAGCUCUGAGGAAGCCAAUGAAAAUGAUGUCCAAAUCAAGCAAAGUACCAUGUGAGGAAGGCUUGCCUAAAGACAAGACGAGACAACAUUAAAUUACACUUUGGAGUAGAAUAACAUCUGUCUGCCCAGGAUUAAAGACUGGGUCUAGUUCCUCCCCCACAGCGAAUAAUAAAAGAAUCUUCCCCUGGCAUACAGCCUGCUCGACGCAGUUGUGUAUUCACUAACAAGCAGAAGACAAAACACCCAGUAAGAUGUGUUUCAUGAUUGCUGAAGCAUCAGUUAGCAGGUGCAACUGCCCAAAGCAAAUCAAGUCAAUGAAUGAAGGAACAAAGGAUGAUCCUUAAUGAGGGAUUAUUGUCAGUUGUGUAGCUUUGUUUCUUUUAUGCACAUAUGAAGGCCCAACAUACAAUAAACUAUAACAAUGCCAUCUAAUGGUAGAGAAAUAAAUAUUAUUUUAAGUAAAUCUGGAAUGUUGUUUUUUUCUUUAACAGACUGUCCAAAGCUGGAGAUAGCUAAGGAUACAUGAAGAGUAAACAAACUGACAAGAUCAACGAGUUAAAAAGCAAAGAGCAACAAAUCACAUAGGGAAUUAAGUGCAUGUAUUCAUUAUGUAGGACCAGACCGCAUCUAAACCUUAAACCUCGGGAUAAAUAAAGAUCUUUAAACCGCAUUUAAUAGUUUAAGAAUGCAAAAUUACCUCUGAAAAACAAGAUCAUCACAGAACUCUUUUGAAUAUCUUACUGAAUCUAACUUAAAUUUCCCCCUUCCACAACAUAUGACCAUAUUACAUUAUAAUUUGUAGACAUCCCAUUGAAAGUCUAUCCCAGGUAGGCGGUAUAAUCAACAUACCUUUAUCAUUUCUGCUAAGUUUAACGGCUGAAUAGGUCCAAACUACAUUUUUAAUAAACUUGGCGCGAAAGCGUCAGGAGCGAUUACUAUAAAUUAUAAUAUUACCAAGUAGUGAGAAACCCCCACUUGGACUAUGUUGAUGAAUGAAUGCAUCUUUGUAUCGGUAUUCACAAAAAAACCAAAACAUUACGCUUCGCUUUAUACGCAUGCGAGAUAUAAUUAUGCAAAAGUUAUUAAGUUGCAUUUCAUGAAAUACAAGUGAGUGAAAUACAAUCUGCUCGGAAAUGUUCCAUUGCCAAGUCAUUCUGGAGCACGUACACCUCAUAAUUCGGUCUGGCUACAUGCCCCCAUAUAUGUAUAAACACAUACAUACACACACACACACACACACACACACACACACACACAACAAAUUAUAACUACACACACAAAUACAUAAAAUGGGAAUUGUUCUCGUUAUAGUUUGUAAUUGCUACCUACUCCUUACUUGCUAUUAACUGACAUUUUCCUUGAGUAGGACAGAUAACCAAUUACAGUCCUGUCCAAUAAUCAUAUAACAUUUUUCAAAAUAAGUUAACAUUGUUUAACGUAAGUAAUAAAUAACAGCGAAAGUAUAGCUUAUAUAAUUCUGCGAGCCACAUUAGCCUAUAUAAAAUCAAGACUAACUUGAGUUCAGCACGUUCAGUCUAGAAAAGCUAACAAUCGCAUGCAAACAGAUGAAAAAGAAAUUAGCAAGUGACAUUUUAUAAUAUAAAAUUUAGGUUUUAACGCGCUAACAUGCAGCAUUGCCGACUCUAAACCACGGCUCAAAA